AUGACCCAAUCUGAACUUUUUCAAACUACCCGAUAUGAAUACAACGAUUCUUACACAUCCAAGGUCAAGGAACCAGAGAUAUACACAUAUCCCAUGCCCCACAGUCCGGUCAUGAGCGAACACCACAAGGCCCCGAAUCACAGCCGACCUCUACUAUACGUCCCCAACACAUUAUGGACCCGAUUAUUUGCAAUAACGGUGGUUAUCGAGACGAUACUCACAGUCGCAAUUGAAAGCUGGAUUCUUAUGAGCUUGUGGGACGACCUCGACGACAACGAAAAAGCAGACGGACCAAUGCGCUUUCAAUCAUUCCUUGGCCUAUACAUUUUCGCUCUUCUAUACGAACUUGCUCUAUCAUAUGACGCACUGCGCCGGAAAAAUACAAUCCAGCUGGUCGGACUCUGUAUCUGUAAUCUGGGCCUGUUGACAUUUGGUAUUCUCCAGAUUCAGGAGAUCAAGGACACGAUUGCCAGCUUGACCCAUCAAGUCCCCGACGAGCGUCUGCAGAGCUUGUAUGACAUCGAAAUCAUUCUUGUGCCCGUGUUUUUAGCUGUGGGGACUGUGUGCAUGAGCUUUUUUACGUGGAAGCUGCGCGCGGAGUUUUCAUGGUCUAUAUACAAGAAUAUCAGCGCCGAUUUGCAGAUGAAGCGCCGAUAUUUUACAUAUCAGGUGUAUAUUGCUCUCCUAAAAUUCGAUUUCUUCUUCGUAUUCGGAAGUCAACUUCAAAUGCUCCUUGUGGUCUUUCAGGCCGAAGAUCUCGAUUUUAUCCUCAAUGCCGCUCUGAUUCCAAUCACCAUAGCGACCUUGGUCCUGUCGGCUCAAUUUUGCAAGCGCGAGAAAACGAAAUCUCUCAUACUCAUGAUGUUCUUUAUGCUUAUUAUAAUGGGAUGCUUCGGCCUCACUCUCCAUAGAAUUCACAGCCCCACGGAGAGCACCGAUUUCAGUUCCGUUCGGGUAUCCCUGACAUUAUUCGCGGUUGUAUCGUUGCUGCUGAUGCUUAUCACGAAUAUCAACUGCGUGAUGUGUAUCCUUAAUUUCAAUAAAGGAUUGAAGAAUCACGUCAAUCCCCCUAAAAGACGGAAAACGUCUGUCUCGUUAGAGCUCGAAUCGCGAGAGAUACCUACGCGGGUAUACACAGUCGAUCUGGCCAACAGCCCACCCGCACCACAACAAGACCCAAGAAAAGAGCAGUGGCCUGCCAUCGGUGUCAUGCGCAAAAAAUCAAAUGCUCGGGAGAAAAGCCAUGCUCGAAAUGCCGAGCUGCAGGCUACGAAUCCCAAUGCAGAUAUGCGACCCGAGAUCGCAAACUACGGCUACUUUGAGCAACUUCUGAAAGACAGCCAAGAGUUGCAUGACCAACGACGUCGUUUGAAACAAGAAAGCUGCUCAAACAGACAAGGCCAGAGCUCUGGUCCCCAACAAGUUAACCAAGAUAUAGCCACUGCGAACACUGAGCCCCUGCUACAGAGUAAUAUUCUUGGCGAGAAGCCAUGGUUCCAAUCAAACGAUGCCUCGGUGGUCCCCCUUUAUAUUAGCGAGGCAACUUGCGCUGCUUUUGCUACUCGUCUGUGCCAGUCUUUGAAAGGGACCAACAUGCCAAUAUCUCAUCUUCCAAGGUCGCGUUAUACUGACGAGUCCGCAAUAUCAUCUUUAAUUAACACAGAUGUACAAUGGCCUAGCCUUGUGAGUGCCCAGCUGUUAGUGAAGACUGCGCUUGGCCAUAUCAUCCCAAGUUUCCAUUUGGCAUUGAAAAAGGACACAUUGGACAUGCUUCAUGGCGUCUAUCAGAGAGGGGAUUUCGAUAAUCCAACUAUUCAAUGUAAAUACUUUGCUCUUUUCGCCAUCGCCCAAGUUUUUUCAACUCCUCAUGAUCUGUCCGACACGUCGAGUGUACCUGGCUUGGCCUAUUUUGCCAAGGCGUGGAGUCUCAUCCAGAUCAUCCCCGAGAGACCAAGCAUGAUUCAUAUAGAAAGUUUGCUUUUGAUUGCCUUCUUCUGUCAAUUCUUGAACCGCUUUCACUCCGCCUACCUUUUGAUCGGGAAUGCAUUACGACUCGGCCUCAGCAUAGGCCUAAACUAUAACAUCCCACUAGCCCAAAAUCUACACCCAGUAGCACGAGAACACCGCAUCCGGAUAUGGUGGACUAUAUAUGUGCUUGACCGAUUCUGGGGCUCAAAGUCGGGGUUCCCUGUGCAAAUCCAUGACGAGGAUAUCCAUGUCGACCCACCGUCCAUUUCGGCGUCCGAAAUAUACCCUGACCAAUUUUUGGAUGGUGCUUACCAGGUCGCAGCAAUAGAACUUGCCAGAAUUAUUGGUAACACAACGGGGGAGAUAUACUGUCGAAAGAUUUCGGCCGAGACCUUUUUACAUCGCGAACAGAGGCUUUUAACUCAAUUGAAAGAGUGGGUUCGGUCUAUUCCUGAGCAUCUGAGGCUCAGUGCAGACAGGCCAAACUCGAAACAUACAGUUCAAAUGCAUCUCCAGUUCAAUUUUUGCGUCAUCUUGGCAAUUCGACCAGUCCUUCUCCAUGUCCUCACUUUAAGGAUCAAAGACCAAACUAAUAAGUCUAUGGAUUCCAUCCCAUCCAUCCUGGUCACUUUGAGUGAGGCGUGUAUACACGCAGCAAGACAUUCGCUGGCAUUAUGUGUGAAUGAAUGGACCGGCGGGUCUCUAGCAAUAUUUGGCUACUCAUUCCCUGCGUACCUCUUCUCUGCUGCAUUAAUCCUCAUGAUUUCGAGCCUUCUACCACUCGGAGAUCCAAGCGAUUUGACAUCUGCCGAAACCGCAACUGAAAUUCUCAAGAAUCUCAGCUUAUCAGAUAGUCUCGCGUCAAGAGACCUAUACGAACGCAUGCAGCGUGUGCGUCAAUGUCUUCACGAUAGCCCGCUAUACUCUACAUCGACACUUUCUCGCAGGGCUCUGGACAACAUUGCCAAUAUGUUGCCGACGACUGAAGGAUCCGAUUCCGAAUCAUUACGACCACACCGAAGUUCGAACAAUCUUCAAUCUCCCAUGGGCCCUUUGGAAGACCUGGGUCCUCCACUCUUUGAAUCAAAUGUCCCAUAUCUCACUACGGAAAUGGCUCUGCAUCAACCAACCAUGCUGGAUUUCCUGACUCAAUCUCAUGUGGACAUUGGACUGCUUGAUCCAAUGGAGAUGUUCAAUGAUUUCGAUUUAGCAUUUUCAAUGUCUGCCAGUUAA